CUGUCACGUUUUGUCCUCACCUUAACCUUUGUGAUGUUGAUUUUGUUGUUGUUUGUUCACAGCAAGUCUCACAUGAGCUGUAUUGGAAGUAACACAGAGAGGCCUGAGAGGAGUUUUUAAACAUAUAUGUUUGAGUUGCUAUGGGGUAAUGAAUAGGACAAGACGUGCACAGUAAAUAUUACACAUAAUCUGCUACUCAAAACAGUUUCAACUAUUUAAACAAAAUGACUGUCAACGUUUUUACAAAUUCUAAAUGAAAAGUCUAGAUAUAUGUCAUAUUUGUUUUGGUUUAACGGGUUUUUUCCAGGCAUUUUAGCUGAGACUUCACAUUUUUCUUUGGAGAAUGGCCGACCAUAUGUGCCAGUAACCUGCGGCACCUAAACGCACCUUCAAUCCGACCCCGCCCUCUUUUCGGCAGUCACUCCCGUGAUUGGACAACUCCGCGACCCGAGUCACGCUCCCUCUCAGCCAAUCGCAGCCGCGCACUCCGAUGACACCGUGGGAUUCCGCGAAAUUGUUUCUCGGAGUUGAGAGAAUUGCGUCCCACAGUAAAACAGGACAACUUGACGCUUGUGUUGGGGGCGCGCUGAAGGACGGAACGACCGCAGCUCUCCGUAACGCGGCCGAUUAACGGUUUAUUUUAUUGAUCCGGCGUUUUGGAAUAAAAGGAUCUGGAUGAAGCGGCAUUGAGAAGGAUAUCCAGACGGAUGUCUUUGCCGUAGGGCUGUUUCAGUUAUCCGCCCUGCAACCUCAACAGAAAAAAACCCCGCUGCCUUUGCGGAUUAGUCACAUGGAAGACGACACGUGUGGAUGCUUAGCCACAUGCACCCUUGGGUGACUGCGGUCUGAUUAACUAGUAACACCCACGAUGUCUGAGUGUGUCUGAAUAGCCCGCACAGCUCCUGCAUAAAGCCUACUUCGGGUGUGUUUUUUAAUUCCUCCACCCGGACCUGCCGUCGUGAUGUCAGAGCGCGACCUCAGCCGACCACCGGGGCGCGCAGAGGACACGCUGAAAGAGAACCAGGAGAACCGGACUUUAAUGAUGGUGGCGAUGAUUUUAUUGGACUUGAACAAGUGCAACCCUCACGCCGCGAGCCCCGCGGAAAGCAUAUGCCUGGCGGGCAGCGACGCGGGGGCGCUGGAGAAGAAGGUGGAGCGGGCGGCGGGGUGCCGGUCCAACGCCGGGGACAGCCGCGGCUCGGCGGCGCCCAAACGGUCCCGGAGCAAGAAUGCGGCGCCGAGAGGGGAGUUUCCCGAGAAGAGACACUGCUGUCCUUUCGCCGGCUGCGGGAAGAUGUACGGCAAGUCGUCCCACCUCAAAGCCCACCUGAGGGUCCACACCGGCGAGCGCCCCUUCGAGUGUACCUGGCAAGCCUGCGGCAAGAAGUUCUCCAGAUCAGACGAGCUCACGCGCCACUACCGCACGCACACCGGCGAGAAGCGCUUCAACUGUCCGAUGUGUGAAAAGUGCUUCAUCAGGAGCGACCACCUGACCAAACAUGCCCGGCGACACGCAGGCUUCCAUCCCAGCAUGCUGCAGGGCGCCAGCGGGGCCAAACGAUGCCGCUGCUCCGUGUCCCUGUCCUCAUCUGACUCUGGAGACCAAAGUCCCGUCGGGGUGUGAGACACGUCUACGCACACGGCUAUAGACACAGGAUGUGCAUAAACGUAGAGACAGCUCUGCAACUGAGGUGUCUGCACCUUCGUCAACUCAACCAACCAACCAGCCAGACCCCUAUUUCAAAGGACUUUCUAACGCAUGUAACAAUGUGCAACAGCACACAGAAAUAUAUAUUUGAACCUGACAGUAAUCCGGAUAGAAGUUUCUUUUUCCCUGACAUGAUCGGCAUUUAUUAGGGGUCUUCUUUGUCUGACACACAGGCUCUAGUUGCCUUCCAUUUGGUGAUCAUUCUACCUAGUAUAGUGCGCUUUAUAUCCAGGGGAAGA